AUACCACUGAUCUCUAUGGUUUGCUGGGCGCUGGGCUGUGCUUCAAAAAAGUCACGUGAUGCCCUCCCUCUGGUUUUCUUUCUUUCUGCUGCCCGUUUGUUUUCCCGCCUCGGCAGCAGUAGAAGAAACCAACUUGCAACUUGCAAGCGAACGGCCUGUUCUAAAGACUGGCACGAUCGGAGACCUGGAGCCAGCGCCAUGUGUCCGGGUGUGCAGGAGUCCCUCCAGUACUUUGCCAUUGCGGCCAUGUGCCACAACCGGGGCAUCGGCGUCCUCAACACGCUGCCCUGGCGGCUCAAGAAGGAGAUGGCGUACUUCUCGCGCAUCACCAGCCAGGCGGCCGAGGGCAAGAGCAACGCGGUCGUGAUGGGGCGCAAUACCUGGGACUCCAUCCCACCCAAAUACAAGCCCCUGCCUGGAAGAGUGAACGUGGUGGUGAGCCGAACUCUGGAGAAAGUUCCGGACGGUCACCACGUGGCAAGGAGCUUCUCGGACGCCCUCAGCCUACUCCAACCGCUCGUGGACAGCGGCAAGGUGGACAAGACGUUUGUGGUGGGCGGGGCCCAGCUGUACCGGGAGGCCCUGGCCGACCCCCGCUGCACGCGAGUCUACCUGACGGAGAUAGACGCCGACUUUGAGUGCGACGUCUUCUUCCCCGAACUGGAGCCGGGCCAGUUCCGGCUCGUCCAGGAGGAGGGGGUGCCCCAGGAGGAGCAGACGGAGGGCGGCCUCACCUACCGCUUCAACGUCUACCAGAGGAUCUCUUCGGGAAAGUGAAGCAUCCAACGAUCGAGGAGAGUUGGACGAGUGCCGUGCACCGACCUGCAAGCUCCCCCAGCCACACCAUGCAACUGUGGAAAAAAAAAAAGAAGCAGAAGAGAAGACUGAGAUGUUUGAAAAGAGUUUGCAAACUAUGGAAUCUUCAAAAACAAAGAAAAAAAAUGAUGCCGAAAUCGCUGGUGUCAUUACGCUGAUUCUCGAUAAAAUUCAUUAUUGUACUGCCCGGCUGCACAUCACAUUUCAACAAGUACUGACCACUCUCAAAAACUUCAUUUGACCACACCGAAAACAAACCAUUUCAAAUUUCCACCGCUUCAGUUAUCCAUUUCAGACUGGAACUCACUUCAAGAGAGUAUUGUCAAUAUUCAGGAAUCGUCCGGUUUCAGAGCUGCACUCGGCACCUCUUUUAAUACUUAGCAACCUGACAUCUUUGUGUUUUCCAUUUCUUUAAUAUCUGUUGCGUAUGCCCCCCCUUAUGUAAAGCCCUGGGCACUUUAAGGGUAUAUUAAAUGAAAUGAAACAUUUAGAGUAGGGGUUUGCUGUUUUCAGAGAACCAGUCUGUUCUUUCAAGCGUCGGCAGUUUCGCAUGCAGCCACCGCAACUUUUAAAGGAGUGUGUGUUAACAUGUCAUCGUUCAACAACAUCAAGAACACUGUAAUCCACAUUAAUUUUCAGGCUUCUCUCCAAUCUUGUACACUGUCCAUCAAUACACCUGACACAUCAAAACACGUGACCACCCACUCAGAUUGUGUACACCAAUGUCUCUGAUUCUGCAAAUUCAAACUAACUACGGUGCUUUUUCAUUCACAUAUGUAGCAACUAAAACAUGGAACGGUCUACCGGAAAGUAUAACAUCAAUGUCAAGUUUUCAAACAUUCACCCUCGCCUGGCUAUUAUAUAUUCACUCUCAAACUUCACUGGAAAUCAACUGACUGAUGCUCUACCGAUUCCUUCCUAUUUGUUUUUUUCAUUCAUUCAUUCAAGCUGCAGGCUUUACCAAGAAAUAUACCAGAUUUGUAUGUAGGUGAUAUGGUGCGGUAGAAAUAUUUUUAUCAUUAUUAUGUGCCUUUGUUUUUCCCCUUCAUCUUUUUUCUAGUUGGCUAGAAUAAACAUUGGGUUGAAAGUCA